AUGGAGGCCCCCUUUGGCAUGGGAUCCCUUCUUGGGAAGCUUGGCAUGCUGCUAGCUCCUCAGGGGUGCAGGCUGCCGAGCCGGUUUAAGGACAGAAUGCACCUCCUCAAAGAAGAUGUUGAAGAUUUAAGCGAGUACCUUGCUGAAAUGGCAGAGGCAGAGGACCUUCCCCUGACGGCCAAGCGCUGGAUGAAAGAGGCGCGAGAGCUGGCCUAUGACAUCGAGGAUAACAUGGACAUGUGUGUGCAGCCUGCCCGUGCCAGCAUCAAUACUACCAGGUUCAUCUGCAAAAUCCGCCGCCAUGUUAAGAUCCCCAAAAGGCUCUUCUCCAAAAGAAGACUUCCCAAGGGACUCAAGUGGCACAAACAGAUUGCCUACAUAGCUCAAGUGCCAGCAGAACAUAGUGGGAAGAUCAGAUCAGUCUGCAAAGCAAUUCGUGUUGUCAUCAUUCGUCUUCCCAAGAGGCUCAAGUGGUACAAGCAUAUCAUGGAACUCAUAUCAGAUUUCAGGAUGUACAUCCAAGAAGCGAUUGAACGGCAUGAGAGGUAUGAGCUCCACCGCUGCAGCACCUUCAGGCGUAGAUUUUUACCCGCCGAUCGCACGCUUCUGACUGCGUACGGAGGAAUUGCUGACAUGGUAAUUGAUGAUCGGGUGAGCGAGUUCAUCGACUCAUUGGAUAAUGAUGGGGAUCAACAGCUCAAGGUGGUAUCCGUUCUUGGACCUGGAUGUCUUGGUAAAACUGCACUUGCACAAGUGUUGUACAACAAAUUUGGGGGGCAAUUUGAUUGUACAGCUUUUGUCCGGGUGUCCAAAAGGCCUGAUGUGGUGAGACUUCUCCGCGAGAUGCUCAUGCAAGUCCAGGGGCAGCAACCCACUGAAUAUUCCAAGGAACUUGAACUUGCUUACAGUAUCAGGGAACAUCUACAAGAUAAAAGGUACUUAAUUAUUAUUGAUGAUAUAUGGACUGCAUCAGCAUGGGAUAUUAUUAGUGAUGCUUUUCCAAAAGGUAAUCAUGGUAGCAGAGUUAUAACAACUACACAAAUGGAAGAGGUUGCAUUAACAUGUUGUUGUUAUCACUCGGAGCAUAUUUUUGAGAUGAGGCCUCUGGAUCAUGAUCACUCAAGAAAGCUGUUCUUUAGCAUACUUUUUGGCUCUGAAAGUGACUGUCCUAAAGAACUCAAAGAAGUUACAAACAAAAUUGUUGAAUUAUGUGGUGGUUUGCCGCUACCAACAAUCAGCAUAGCUAGUCUAUUAUCAAGCCAGCCUGUUAUAAAAAUGGAUCUUUUGACGUACCUGUGUGAUUCGUUAAGCUCCUGUUUGUGGAUAUCUCCUUCAGAAGGAACAAGACAAGCAUUGAACCUCAGCUACAAUAAUCUUCCUCACUAUUUGAAGAUAUGCCUGCUGUGUCUGAAUAUGUAUCCAGAGGGCCACACAAUCUGGAAGGACGAUUUGGUGAAGCAAUGGGUCGCUGAAGGUUUCAUCCAUACAACAGAAGGGCAAGACAUGGAGAAAGUUGCAGCAAGCUAUUUCAAUGAACUUAUUAAUAGAAGAUUCAUCCAAACUCUAUGUAGCAAGUACAACAAUGAGGUGUUGUCCUGUACUGUUCAUGAUGUGGUACAUGAUCUUAUUGCAGACAAGUGUUCAGAAGAAAAUUUCAAUAUGGUAAUAGAUUCUAGUCGAAGGAAUGUGGCACUUCCUCAAAAGGUUCGACGACUAUCUCUCCUCUUUGGUGAUGCAAAAUGUGUGAAGACACCAGCAAACAUGAGAAGGUCACAAGUUCGGUCGCUUACCAUUUUUGGAUUAUUUGAGAGUAUGCCUUCUAUUUCAGAGUUUAAGCUUCUUCGCGUGCUAAACCUUCAAUUAUCCGGUUAUGGUGAUAGGAACACCAUAAACCUCACUGGCAUUUCAGAUCUGUUCCAACUGAGAUAUUUAAAAAUUGCAUGUGAUAUCUGCAUACAAUUACCAAACCAUAUGCUACGGCUACAAUGUUUGGAAACACUAGUUCUGGAUAGUGAAGUUACUGCCGUUCCAUGGGAUAUUAUUCAUCUCCCAAGCUUGUUGCACCUGAGUCUGCUUGUUAUGACAAAUCUGUUGGAUUGGAUUGGCAGCAUGAGGUUAAUUGGCAAGCUGAACAACCUGCGAGAUCUUCAUCUGACCUAUUCUGUACCGUCUUCAGACCAUCUGAAGAGAAGCAUGGAAGCUCUGGGCUCUCAACUCUCAGGACAUGCCAACCUAAAAACUCUAGCUCUGGUUAAUGGCCCCUGUCAUAAAAAUGCUUUUGUUUGCGAUGCUUUAAAAGUGAUAGUCUCCUGGGAGGGCUUAGUACCUCCUCCAGUUCUUGAGGUGUUUGAGUGGUCGCUACACAGCUGUGUAUUAACCCGUAUUCCAAAGUGGAUCGGAGAACUUGGCAAGCUCCGCAUCUUGAAGAUUGCAGUAAGGGAUCUUCCAAGGGAUGGUAUUGAUGCUGUCAGAGGUUUGCCUGCCCUCACUGCUCUGUCGUUGUAUUUGCAGACGGCUUCUGUUGAAAGGAUUGUCUUUGACAAGGUGGGGUUCUCAGUCCUCAACUACUUCAAUCUCAGGUGCAGUGUACCUUGCCUGAAAUUUGAAGCGAAUGCAAUGCCCAAUCUUCGGAAGCUCAAGCUAGGUUUCAAUGCCCCCAGAGCCCGCAUGGACCAGCAUGGUGCUAGUACGGCUAUCAGCAUCGACCACUUGCCAAGCCUUAAAGAGAUCUGUGCAAAAAUCAGAGGUGCAUGUGCUGAUACAGAGUCUGCCUUAGCAACUGCCAUUAGCAAUCAUCCGAGCAAUCCUAUGAUCAAUGUGCAAUUUGUGGAUUAUACUUUUGACGGUGACGAGCUUACACAUGAGAAUAAAGGACAAGAUGAGGUCCUGGUGGAAGGCCAAGAUGGAUACUUGAAGAAACUACUGAUAUCUUGUGCUAGAGCUGUGGAAGCAAAGGACAUGUCCGCGGUAGACAUGAUGGUGCCAGAGUUGAGGAAAAUGGUUUCAGUAUCUGGUGACCCACAUCAGAGACUUGGAGCCUACAUUGUGGAAGGACUUGUUGCCAGGCUUGCCUCCUCCGGCCACUCGAUCUACAAAGCUCUGAAGUGCAAAGAGCCAAGGAGUUCUGACCUCAUGUCCUACAUGCAUUUCCUGUAUGAGGCCUGCCCUUACUUCAAGUUUGGCUACAUGUCGGCAAACGGUGCAAUUGCAGAGGCUGUGAAGGGAGAAGAUAUGAUCCAUAUAAUCGACUUCGGUAUCUCUCAAGGAGCUCAAUGGAUUCCUCUCCUUCAGGCUCUUGCGACCAGGCCCGGUGGACCACCAACUGUAAGGAUCACAGGAAUUGAUGAUUCACUAUCAGCCUAUGCGCGAGGCGGUGGGCUCGAUUUAGUCGGGAGGAGGCUAUCACACAUCGCUGGUCUGUGCAAGGUUCCCUUUGAAUUCCAUUCGGUUGCUGUCGCUGGUGAUGAAGUGGAAGAGGGGCAUCUCAUGGUCAUCCCUGGGGAAGCUCUCGCAGUGAACUUCACCCUGGAGCUGCACCACAUUCCGGAUGAGGCUGUGAGCACGGCAAACCACCGAGACCGGAUCCUAAGGCUGGUGAAAAGCUUGUCUCCCAAGGUGGUAACCCUUGUGGAGCAGGAGCUCAACACGAACACGGUCCCCUUCAAGCAGAGGUUCACAGAGACGCUUGACUACUACACUGCCAUAUUCGAGUCCAUCGACCUGACGCUACCAAGGGACGACAAGAGGAUCAACAUGGAGCAACACUGCCUGGCGAGGGAGAUUGUGAACAUCGUCGCCUGCGAGGGUGCGGAGAGGGUGGAGCGGCACGAGGUCUUCGGCAAGUGGAAGGGGCGCCUCAUGAUGGUCGGCUUUAGGCCGUGGCCGCUCAGCUCGCUGGUGAACGCCACCAUUAGGACGCUGCUGCAGAGCUACUCGGCAAACUACCAGCUCGCGGAGAGGGACGGGGUGCUCUACCUCGGAUGGAAGAAUAAGCCCCUGGUGGUUUCGUCCGCAUGGCACUAG